CAUAGGGCCAUCUGGUCCCGUCUCCAGUGUAGGAACAACCGAUAGAAUUGUCCGAGCAAAGUUUGUCACAAUCAGACGAUACAAUUAUGAGGAAACUUCUAGCACUUCUGGGCCUUUUGGCCUUGUCGGCAGCUCAAGACUGCUAUGUCGGCCGGGGGAGUGCGUACCGCGGGUCGGUAAACGUCACUUCUGCCGGGCUGGAAUGCCAGCCGUGGUCCGUGCAGGCCCCGCACGGACAUGCCUUCACCCCCGCCAACUACCCAGACGCCGGGCUGGACGGGAACUACUGCCGCAACCCCGACAACGACUUGAGGCCGUGGUGCUACACUAUGGACCCCAACGUGCGCUUCGGCUACUGUGACGCUCCGCAGUGUGACUGCAUGUUCAACACCGGUGAGUUUUACAAGGGGUCAAAGGCCACUUCCGUUUCCGGUCUGACCUGCCAGCGGUGGGACUCCCAGUCCCCCCAUCAACAUGACAGAACUCCACAAAACUACCCCGAAAAUGACCUUCGUGAGAACUACUGUCGUAACCCGGAUGGAGAACCUCGUACCUGGUGCUACACUACUGACCCCAAUGUACGCUGGGAACACUGUGACGUCCCGAAAUGUGACAAUGCAGACCUGGGUACGUGCGGUGUCCAGGCCAUCCAGCCCACGUUCUCCCGGAUAGUGGGCGGUUCUGUGGCCACGCCUGGAUCCUGGCCUUGGCAAGUCUCCCUCGGGUACGGCUCUAACGGUCAGCACGUCUGCGGAGCCACCCUCAUCGCCCCUGAAUGGGUACUGUCCGCGGCGCACUGCUUCGCACAGCUCUCGACAAACCCAGGUUCCUUCAUUGUGAAAGUGGGGAAGCACAACAAGGGCUCCACUGACUCCACGGAACAGAGGAUGCAAGUCGCACAGAUCAUCGUCCAUCCACGCUACCAGCAGGAGGGACAGAACACCAAUGACAUCGCCCUGCUGAAGUUGGUCGGGCGCGUCUCACUGAACGAUUACGUCUCACAGGCCUGCAUUACCGAGACAGAGGCGCCAGAUGGCGCUAUAUGCGUGGCAACUGGCUUCGGCAACACAGAAGGCACCGGAGGCGACAACUACCUGAAACAGGUCCAGCUCCCGUUGCUUACCAACUCCCAGUGCCGGAGCUGGUUGGGUAGCGUCAUCAAGAGCACCAUGGUGUGCGCUGGGUACGAGAGCGGCGGCUCCGACACAUGUCAGGGAGACAGCGGCGGUCCGCUGACGUGCCCCCGUCUGGGUCAGUGGUUCGUGUCGGGGGUCACCAGUUUCGGACAAGGGUGCGCGGACCCCCGCAAGCCGGGCGUGUACACCCGUGUGGGGCACUACAUCGACUGGAUCCUCAAGUACACAGCUGACAACUGACGCGCGUUAGCUUGCUUGCAAAAAUUCCUAUUAAGCUAAAUCAGACUAAAGAACGCAAUUUACGUGAAACAUUUAAUACAUGUUUUUGGACCACGAA